AGAGCUCUAAUCCUCUUGACACACGCAAGCGCUGGGUGCCUGUGUGAGAGGGAAGGAGGCAGACCAGGUGGAUGGGAAGGUGUCAAUAGAAAGAGAUCACCACUGGGACCCCCAACCAAGAGGAAGAAAACAGAUGACUGCAAGCAGAAAGACAGAGGGAGAGCAGUAGAUUCCCUUCUUCCUAUACCACCAAAAGAGAGAGUGAGAGAGAAAAAGAGUGAGAGACGGAGAGAGAGAGAGAGUGAAAUGGAAGAGCAGCAGAGUGGAAGGGCUUCUUACUAGAGGAGAAACCAAACAGGGAAGCGAUCCCACCACAUUUAGAGAGAGAGAGAGAGAGAGAGAGGAGGGAGGGAGGGGGAGAGAGUGGCGCGCUCAGAGAGGGUGACAGAGCUCGUGAGCAGAGCGGAGAGUCGGAGGAAAUCAAAGAGCACGACAGAGAAGGGAAAAACAGAGGCAGCCGCGGGGAGGGAGGAGAAGGCAGGGCACCAGAGCAGCACACGGGGGGGACACGGAGGGAGAGAGAGAGAGGGAGGAAAGAGAGCAGAGCAAAGGGGGGGAAAGGAUGGAGGAGAGGAGAGGCGCCGUUCUCCACCGCUGCCGGCACGCGUGAGCCCGUGGACGGAGACGCCGGCUCGGAUUUGAGCGGGAGGAGGGGACGCGAGAGGCGAGCGCCGCGGUGCGUAAGUGCGCGUCUGCGCGAGGAGCCGCCGCUGAUGUGCGCCGCGCCGGGCGGCGAACGUCUGUGCACGCGCGCGGAGGCGAGGGCGCACGAGGCCGGCCGGGUCCUGAGGUCAGCAGCCCGUGGGCGGCGGGCAGAGAGGGAGUGAGCGCAACGUCGCGUCGUGAGUGGCGAAAAGCCACCGGCGGACACAGCCAUCGGCCGGUGAGAGCGCGCCAGAGCUUCGGGGGAGGAGGGGAGCGGUCGAGGAAAGACGGGGGACAGCGGGCUCGCAGACGCACGGACGGAGCGCCAGAACGCAGCGCUGAGCGGCGGGAAAGCGUCUCCCGCUGAGAGGGGCUGAGGCGUUCGGGGCUGAGCGAGCGCGUUUCGUGGCAGGGUCGGGGGGGCGGGGCGGGGGAGGCGGGACCGGGGGGAGGUGGAGCGUGUGAGCGUGUGCCCGUGCGUGGAGGGGAGAGGGUGAGCGUGCGGUGACAGAGGUAGAGCGUUCGCAGAGGUGAGGGAAAGGGCAGCUUGGGUGUCAGACGGAAAGGCGAGAGCACGGCAGCAGAGCGCUCGGGGCGAGCGGGACCAUGGACGGUCGGUGAGGCGCUCGCAGGUCCGGACAGCGCCGCUGGUGCGGGAGGACCCCGGCUCCCUCCCUCUCUCUCUCUCUCUCCCUCGCCCUGGUGGACCGGGGACAGCAGCGGUAGAGCACCGCAAAGCUUCCGGAGUCUGUGGAUGCCUCCUGCUCUGAGCCAUGGGGGAGUGGACCAUCCUAGAGCGCCUGCUGGAGGCAGCAGUCCAGCAGCACUCCACCAUGAUCGGACGGAUCCUGCUGACGGUGGUGGUGAUCUUCCGCAUCCUGAUCGUGGCCAUCGUGGGCGAGACGGUGUACGAGGACGAGCAGACCAUGUUCAUCUGUAACACCAUGCAGCCCGGCUGCAACCAGGCCUGCUACGACAAGGCCUUCCCCAUCUCCCACAUCCGCUACUGGGUCUUCCAGAUCAUCCUGGUGUGCACGCCCAGCCUGUGCUUCAUCACCUACUCCGUGCACCAGUCCGCCAAGCAGCGCGACCGCCGCUACUCCUUCCUGUACCCGCUGCUGGAGAAGGACUACGGGCGCGGCGACGCGACGCGCAAGCUGCGCAACAUCAACGGCAUCCUGGUGCAGAGCCCCGACGGCGGGGGCAAGGAGGAGCCCGAAUGCCUGGAGGUGAAGGAGAUCCCCAACGCGCCGCGCGGGCUCACGCACUCCAAGAGCUCCAAGGUGCGGCGCCAGGAGGGCAUCUCCCGCUUCUACAUCAUCCAGGUGGUCUUCCGCAACGCGCUGGAGAUCGGCUUCCUGGCCGGCCAGUACUUCCUGUACGGCUUCAACGUGCCCAGCAUCUUCGAGUGCGACCGCUACCCCUGCGUCAAGGAGGUGGAGUGCUACGUGUCGCGGCCCACCGAGAAGACCGUGUUCCUGGUCUUCAUGUUCGCGGUCAGCGGGAUCUGCGUGGUGCUCAACCUGGCCGAGCUCAACCACCUCGGCUGGCGCAAGAUCAAGACCGCCAUCCGGGGGGUGCAGGCGCGGCGGAAAUCCAUCUGCGAGGUGCGCAAGAAGGACGUCUCGCACCUGUCACACGCCCCCAACCUGGGCAGGACCCAGUCCAGCGAAUCCGCCUACGUUUGAUUUCAGCUCGGCUCUGGGGGAGGGACGGGAGAGGGGCAGGAGGGGGCCCGGGGGGCCGGGUUUGAUUUGGGUCCUGCGCCAGAGAGGACCAGGGGCAGGGCUUUGGCCCCUCGCCUCUCUCUUCCUAUCAGCUUGUUGUCCCUUCCCUGCUGUCCCUACGGCAACGAUGCACUUCACUGGGAGUGUCAGAGAAACUUAGUGGAAAUCAAACAACGGUCCAAUUUUUUUUUUUUUACAAUUCACAUUUAAGGGUCUGCCUGUAAUGCCCUUAAAUGGGAACGGGUGCUGAUUUUUGGGAUUUCAGGUAAAGGAAGAGCUGAAGGCAAAAGGCCGUUGUUAGGUGCCCUUUUUCAGGAGGGACGUGGGCCUUAAGCAGCGUCCAGAGAGAAGAGGAGAACCAAACAGGAAGCUGAAUGGACAGCACCAGACGGUGCGUGGUGUCACUCAGCAAAGCCUGAUGGGAAAAAAAAGUUUAAACCUCUCUUGCCCUGGCCUUUGAAAGGAAAUGCAAAAAAUAAAUAAAAAUAAAUAAAUCAUUGUUUUCAUUUUAGAAUCAAAGCGCAUUUAGGAAACACUAUGAAGCGAGGGACUUCUGUUGAAGUGGAAGGAGAGCACUGGUACCAUUUUUAACGGAUCCCGUCCACACGCUAAAACGCAGGGAUUCGUUCUCACUCUGAUUUUCUUUUUUUUCUUCCUCUGUGGCCUGCGCUUUUAGCCCCGGACUAACAGCAGACUUUUCUUUCAAUUCCCCUCCUCAUCCCUCCAUUUUAACACGAAACGACAGAGAAACCCAGAGAAGUGGUGCAAAAAAACAACCAACAAAAAACACUAUACCUCAGCACAAACUGUGCCCCCUGCUUCCUAAACCCCACCCCUCUCCUGUUAGCUCUCUCUCUCUCUCUCUCUCUCUCUCUCUCUC